AUGCGAGUAACAACAAUUCGAUAUUCGAAUCGCUGUCAUUCUUCGAACAACUGCUUCUUCAGGUAACGUGUUUCCUCUGCUGAAAAUCUGCAAAAAUGUGCGAGUGUUCAGAGAGAGAGAGAGAGAGAGAGUGAUGAACGUGAAAAUGUCACUUCUAGUCGCGUUGGCGAUGAUCGUCGGCCGCGCGGACGCACAAAUCGACAGGGACUGGUCGUUCGAGAAGAUGUGCACGUGGUACGGCGGCCGCUACAAAAUAAGGGACGGACCGCAGGUGAGCAACCCGGAAAAAUGUUCAAAGUGUGUCAAUCAGAGAAGAACUCAACGGAAGAAUUUUUAUCUUUUUUAGAAAAUUUUUCCAUGGAAUGCAAUCAGUGUGCCUUACCGAAAGGGUUUCGGUAAAUUUACCGGUAAAAAUUUCGGUAAAUUGUCGGUAAAACUUUUUUUUACCGAAAGAAUUUCGGUAAAUUUUCGAAACAAUUUACCGAAAAUUUACCGAUAAAUUUACCGGUAAAUUUUAUCGGUAAAUGGGGACUUUUUCGAAACAAUUUUCAAUUUUGAGAACGGAACAUUGAGGCGACUGUUCAGCGUGUUCGUGAUGUUUGGGAUGUUGUUCAGAAUGUUCUAAAUUGGUCACAUCGGCGCCUCAAUUUUUCUGUUUUCUUUUAACGAACAGUUUAUUUUCGAAUGAGGAACUUUGGGGACACAUUAAAUGCGAAACUCGUUGCAUAGCAUUAUAAAAAAUUUGAUUGAAAAAAUUGAAAAAAUUUGAAAAAACAAAAAAAUUUGAAAAAAUUAAAAAACAAAAAAAAAAUCAAAAUUGUUCUUUCGGUAAUUGUCGAAAGGAACGAUUUACCGGUAAAUUUACCGAAACUUUUUCGGUAAAAACGUUUUUACCGAAAAUUUACCGAAAAUUCACUUCUUUCGGUAAAAAAAAUUUCGGUAAGGCACACUGAAUGCAAUCAACUGACGAAAUGUAGAGCAAAGUGAACUGUGCUCAUAGAAAAAUAAUUGUAAAUUUAGCGUUUCAUACAAAAAAGUUAUUCGAGACGGAAGACGGAAGGACAUUUUCACGGAACAACUCGAAUAACUUUUUUGUAUGAAAAGCUAAAUUUACAAUUAUUUUUCUAUGAGCACAGUUCAUUUUGCUAUACAUUUCGUCAGUUGAUCACAUUUCAUGAAAACAUUUUCUAAAAAAUAUGAAAAUUCUUCCGCUCAACUCGGGUGUCAAUUUGAUAUUGCAGGCCUCGUCGGGCGACACGUGUCAACUGGAGUUCCGUCAUCCGUCGUCGUCGCCGUCCGCCGCUCUCCGCUACUGUUCCGACCACUUUCCGUACCACAUAACGUCGGCGACGCACGGAGCACAGACGACGUGCGCCGCCGAGGCCACGCUCAUCUGCCCAAAAGACUGGGUCCAACUGUACGGACGAUGCUACCGCGCCGAGAAGACGCUGAUGACGUGGACGGAGGCCGUCGAGCACUGUGCCACGUGGAAAUCCCGAAUCGCGUUCGUCCAUCGCGAGCCGAUCGUGCGGCUGUGGAGCCAGUACUUUUCGCGAGUCAAUCGGAUUUGGGCGCAGGCGAGCGAAAGUAUCAUGGAGGAUGUCGAGGUGAACAGAGGCGAUCGGCUGAUGGUCGCGUUUUACGGAGCCGCCGCGCCGUAUCCAGUCCCAUCCGGCUCUCUGCUUCGAGUCGACGGAGCCAAGCAUCGGGCAAUGGUCGUGUGUGAGCGGAAUCCGCCGACAAACCGAGCCGAGUCCAACUACUUGCUGCGCCGGUACGCCGAGAUCUACUGGCCCGGAUUCUCGACCGACGACGGCAUGUUCCUGAGGACACUGAGCACGAGGAACUGGCAGAACGGCCAGAAGCCGGACGACGAGUACUGUCGCCGAGUGAUGAGACCGCUCGGCGCGAAACGGAAGCACGCGAGUCUUGCACGCAUCUCCGACCGAUUUCUGGAGGAGUUUGACAAGGACCGGGACCUGCAGGAUCGUCAGCAAAUCACGUUCUUCCGCACGCCGUUCCACCUGAGGGAGCAGAAGACGACGCGGGACGAGAUGCUGGCGCACGAGUGCAAGUACAACGCGAUGAUGAUCGAGUUUGUGAUGCAAGUCGACAAGAUCGACGUGCAGAUCGAGCACCGUCAGUGGCGCAACCGCGACCCGCACCACGUUUGCGUCGGCGGCACCUCGUCGACGGCGGUCCGCUUGCAUCAGCAGGAGCGGCUCGCCUUUGAGACGGUCUCGGACGCGCGGUGGGCGCCGAUGUACUGUCAGUCGAAGUUCACGUUCCCCAAGUACCUGGACUGUCCGUCCGGCUGGACCGGGUACCAGCGGAAGAGCGGAGUCAAGUGGUGCCACCGGUUCGAUCCAGUGCCACGCAUUAUGGACGACUCGGAGAUGGAGUGUCGCAAGGAACAGGCGCAUUUGACCGGCUUUGAGGACGGCGACGAGUUGACCGCGCUGUUUGGUACGUUUUAGACCCGACCGCCUCCACGUUUCGAUACGAACGAGCCAAUUUUGCAGAGCUGGCGAAAAAGGGCGGCGUGACGACAAACGGCUGGCUUUCGCGUAUUCACGUUGGCGGGCAGAGACGAGAAGUGUGUCGAUGGGGCGGAAAUAAAGGGUACGGAUUCGAGAAGGAUCCGAUGCACGAGUGCUCGCGGAAGAGGGUCUUCGAGUGGGUGCACCGCGUCGCCGACAAUCCGCCGAACCUCGAAAGUGUGUGGCUGAUCAACGACACUCCCGACAAUCCGGAGCCGAAUUAUGUGGGCGCCGCCGAGGACUGUCUCGAGAUUUGGCCCCAACCGACCGGGUUCGUCGUCAAUGACGGAAUGUGAGUUUUAGAUUCGUACACAUUUAUCGCUAAAUUGUUUGUACGUGUUUCAGAUGCUCGGCCGAAUUGAAUAGUUUUUGUGGAAAGGAGGCGCCCAUCACUUUUGCAUAG